CUGGCAUUGCGGCAGCAAUAAUUCUCAACAGACUUGCGAUGGAGCCAUCCCAGCUGCAGCGGUAGGUGAAUGCGAAGCUGUGAUGUCAAGCCAAAGAUGCCAGAGCGCUGUGAAAAGCAAAACUGUACCUGAAAGUCGCCUAUGUACAGGAGGUAUAUCUACUUUAAGUACGGUACGAUUUUUGGGUUCUAGAUCCCGAGCUCGAGCGCGACUCUACACGUGACAAUCAUAGACAAUCGAAUCACGCGAGUGCAUCAUGAAAGUGCCGCACGUGAGAAAAGUUGUAGGACUUCCUCUCAAUGAAAAUAAUUCAGGUUCGUGUUUUCCGUUCUUCGCGGCAGCGCUACGGGAUUGGCGUACUGGAACGGAGCGGCAGGUUAGGUUGGAUAAAACCCAAUCCUCUGUUGAU